UUAUCCUAGCUCUCCCACCAGUCACGAGGGACCCCCCACCCCCACAAUUCUUUCCAUUCUUCACCACCACAAUUCUCCUGUUAUCCUCCUUAGUCAAAACACAUUGCAAUGGUUUCAAACUCAGUUGUCUCACUCUAUCAACCCUUCUACUUGCCAGUUCCAUUCCCUUAAAGGUGAAGUUGCUAGAUGGUACAAAAACCCAUCCUCAAAUGCAAAAACAGGGCUAAAUAGAGAGAGACAAAAAAGAAUAAAAAAAGGGCAUGUGUUUUUGCUUCUUUUAAAACCCCAAAGCCAUAUCUCUUGACUCACUUCCCUUCUACUACUUUUCUUUCAUCUUAUCUGCUUCCUUGUCUCACCUCCCAUCAUUGAUUCUAUAGAAAGGCCUUCGCAGUUAUGGAAGGGGGGGAGAGGGCAUUUUGUUCAAAGCAUGCUUAAACGGUUACAUGGUUACAGGUAGAAGAAAAAAAUGAGGCAAAUGAGUAAAUAGUUAAAUCCAUAGGGACACUAAAGCAAAAAAAAAAUAAACUAAGAAAUCACGUGACAAGCAAAUAAGCCCCAGGACUCUCCUGUCCAAUGUGAAAACACCACAUAAACAAUAAAAAACCCCCCAAAACAGAAGGGUGAGGGAUUUUUAUUUUAAUUUACAGUGAUCGGCCAUGUCGAAGGCGGAGAGGCCAGCGUAUCCAAGCAUGGCCUCGACGGCGUCGGCUCCGUCAGUCAGGCCCCAACCGCCGCUAGUCUUCUAGACACCAUUAAGGACUCUGCAUACGUCAAGCGAAUCGUUACCCUUCUUCACCGUGAUUCGCUGCGUCCCGGUGUCGGUGUCAGUGGUUGUCGUCGUCGUCGUCCGCGCGCAGCACCGGAAUGAUUUGAAACUGAGUAAUCUUGAAUCGGGACGAGCAGGAGUUGUUAUAGUGAAUUUGGGGAAGGCGUGGUGUGCGGACGUUGCCAUGAUAACCGAUGGAGAAGCAAAGAAAGGGGCGCUUGGAUAAGGCGAUAAUGAGGAUAGAGAACCAUACGGAUAUAUGGAGUCAAGAGCAACGAGAAUUGAUGAUUUUGAUAUGAAAACAAACUCAAGUACCCUGAGAAGGAAGGGGAAAUCGUUACUAGAUGGGGAAAGUUCAAGCCAGAUGAGAGAAGAGGAGGGAGUUCCUGAAGGCCAAGCAAGUCCAACGUGGUCAAGCCCAAGUGGAGACGAGAACCGAGCUUCUGUGCCGACUGAAAUCCUACGCUACGAGGAGGAUUUUUCUGAAGGCCACUCAAGAUCAUCAUUUGAGAACCUAAAUAGAGAGGAGUACCAAGUUCCUGCUCCAACCGAAGGCCUACGGCAUGAGGAAUUUCAGCAUGAUUAUUCGCUUUUUGCAGAUCAACAUUCUUUGAAACGUAUUCAGCGCCGUCUUGAGGAAGGGCGUGGAAUAGAAAGACAUGGAGUUCGGAGUUCAUCCGUAUGCAUCUUUCCAUUUCCUCGUAGCUUCGACAAAAUAAAUCCGAACACUUACCAACCUGAGCUCGUGUCAUUAGGCCCUUACCACAGGGGCAAAGAUCAUUUACUGGAGUUUGAAGACCACAAGUGGUUCUUCCUUGAUAAGCUUCUUUCUCGAUCAAGAACUGAUUUAAGCGACUAUCUAAUUGGUGCAUUAAAAUUCAACGAAAGGUCCAUAAGAGACUGCUACUCAGAGGCUAUCUCUAUGUCAAGUCAUGACUUCGUGGAAAUGAUGUUGCUUGACAGUUGCUUUGUUCUUGAACUUCUCCGAAAUCUCAACCACAGUGAAGAUACGAUUGAUGAGGGUGACCCCAUCUUCACAAGGCCUUGGUUGAUCCCGAUUGUAAUCAGGGAUCUCCUUAAGUUUGAGAACCAACUUCCCUAUUUCCUCCUCCACUUAAUAUUCAACUUGUCUGGCGGUAAUGGAGAUAUAAAACCAAAACCAGAUCCUCUACCGAUGCUUGCAUUAAAAGCCAUUGAUCUAGUCUUUCCAAGACGUGCAGAAAUCCUGAAGAAGUUCAGAUCCUGGCAUGGUAAGCAUUUACUUGACCUAUUCCACUUGAGCCUCCUUCCCUCAGAUCAGGUCAUCAUUUGCAUUGAUUUAGAGGAAUAUCAUCCAUCAGACCAGUCAAUUCAAGGUGUCACGCAGCUUAGGCCAUCAGGAAUCAAGUUUCGUCCGAGAAAGAGCGAUAGCUUCCUGGAUAUAAACUUCCAAAAUUGUGUACUUGAAAUUCCAACCGUCACCAUUAAUGACUUCACAAGCACUGUCCUCGUAAACUGUGUUGCCCUAGAACACUGCGAGGAAAAGAGAUCCAAAUACUUCACCGAUUAUGUCUCUUUCAUGAAUUGUCUCAUUAACCAACCGAGAGAUGUUACUUUUCUUUGUUCAGAAGGGAUCAUCACAAGAUUCUCCCAAGAUGACCAAUACGUGGCCGAUCUCUUCAACACUCUAGGGAAAAAUGUCGCUUUCAAUAUUCGAGAGUGUUAUCUCUCCAAGCUCUUCAGAGAAGUAGAGUCAUAUUACAGCAGCAACUGGGCAACAAUGAGGCGAACUUAUUUUAGCAGUGCUUGGUCAUUCAUCUCAGUUCUAUCCGCCUCCAUCCUCCUAGUUCUUACAAUGGUACAAAGCAUCAUGUCUGUUCUAAGUUACAUGUGCCAUUAGUGUAAGAUAAUAAUGUUGUCCGAUCUUGUUUAGCAGCUUUAUGUAUGGAAACACCAGGUCACGGUUCGACCUAAUCCACCCCCCUUCCCCUUUAAUUUAUGGAAAAACCAUAACAUAUGGGAACACAAUCUUUUAGAUUA